ACCAGACCUGCACAUCUCUCAAACUUUCAGCUGAAGUCGUUUUUAAAACAACCCUUCACCAGGAAUUCGUCGAUGGCGUCUAAAAUGAAGGACAGGAAGAGGACUCCAAUCUCCCACAAAGUCAUUGAGAAAAGAAGAAGAGACCGAAUUAAUCGCUGCCUAAACGAACUGGGAAAAACCGUUCCGAUGGCGCUGGCUAAACAGAACUCUGGAAAACUGGAGAAAGCAGAAAUCUUGGAGAUGACUGUUCAGUACCUCCGAGCCCUCCACUCAGCGGAUUUCCCCCGUGGGAGAGAAAAAGGUGAACUUCUGGCUGAAUUCGCCAACUACUUCCACUACGGAUACCACGAGUGCAUGAAGAACCUGGUGCACUACCUCACCACGGAGGACAGAGCUGAAACCAAAGACAUCAAGUACGCGCGGAUCCUCGCGUUCUUGCAGUCCAAAUCCCGCGCGGUCACCGAGCCCGUGUUCGGCUCCGCGGGCUCGAUGCCGGAGCCGUGUGACUACCUGGGCCAGCUGCACUCCUCCCCGGAACACCAGAGCCACAGCCCCUCCGAGUCCCCGUACCAGCAGAGCCCGCCGGGCCACUUCUCCUGGCACAGCUCGACCCGGAGCCCGGCCAUCUCGUACCAGACGGUGCCGCUCUCCGCGCACACGCAGCAGCACGGCGGAUACCUGUCGCCGGUGCAGGGACUCGAUCACCACUACUUCAACUUCAUAGGCCACCAUACCCACGCAAACACGUUCAGCCUGCACAGCGCGCAACACGCCAUGUAA